CGGAGAAGAACAGCUCACGGGCUAAUCAUGGCUGAACUCCAGAUGCCCUAGGUGGGAAUUCCCCUGCUUACAGAGCCAAGGCAGAGAGGUGAAGCGGGAAGGAAACAGCACCGUGAGAGGAAGCUGGGCAAAGAGCAAUCGACGAGAGAGAGAUGAAACACAACGUAAGCUAACCAUCAUGCAGGCACCGGAGCUGGAGACCACGCUAAUUUUUUCUGCACGGAGCACUUUGUAAUCCAGCUAGACUUGCAAGACCAAAAAAGCACUGUAAAAGAGCCUCAGCAGGAUGGCAGGCAAAAUAAUGACUACACACACCUGGCGAGUGUGGGCCAUCUACAUGGCCAUCUACAUAGCUGCAGACCUCUCCGAAGAGCAAGCGCUGAAGCAGGCUUGUCCUUCAUGCGAUGCCACCCAGCUUUGCAACUGCUCUUCCAGGGGUUUGGACUUCAUUCCCUCAGGGCUCACGGGCAAAAUCACAGUGUUAAACCUGGCCCACAACAGGAUCAAGCACAUCCGAUCCCAGGAUCUGCAGCAGACUGUGAACCUGCGGAUGCUGCUGCUGCAGUCCAAUGCAAUCAGCUCAAUAGACGAGGACUCGUUUCGUGCCCUUGGGAAACUGGAGCUCCUGGACUUAUCAAAUAACAGCUUGGCUCGCCUGUCCCCUGCGUGGUUUGGGUGGCUUUUUUCUCUCCAGCACCUCCACCUUCAAGGGAACUCCUACAGGGACCUGGGGGAAAGCUCCCCCUUUUCUAGCCUGAGGAACUUGAGCUCUCUCUACCUGGGCAACCUGUGGUUCUCCACAAUAAGGCAAGGCAACUUUGAGGGCAUCGAGCUUCUUGACGAGUUGUGGAUUGAUGGUGGCAAUCUCAGGCAGUACGAGCCGGGAAGUUUGAAAGCGAUUCAGAAGAUAAAUCACAUGAUCAUAAACGUAAGGAACACUAGUGUUUUCUCAGCAAUUGUCAGCGACCUUCUGCACUCUGUCGCUUGGUUAGAAGUAAAAACAGGUAAAAGUUUGUCUCAUCUAAGAAAAUUGACUCACUUAGACAUUAGCCAAAAUAAUUUUGGUGAGAUUCCAGAUGUGUGUGAAUGGCCGAAAAACCUGAAAUACUUAAACCUCUCCAGCACUCAAAUUUCUAAAGUAACGACUUGCGUUCCCCCAACGCUGGAAGUUUUGGACGUUAGUGCUAACAAGCUGCAGGAGUUUGGACUGCAACUCCCUUUUCUCAAAGAGCUGUACCUUGCAAAAAACCAGCUGAAGACCUUGCCUGGUGCUGCACCCAUUCCUAACCUCAUGGCCAUGUCAGUCAGGAGAAACAAGCUCAGCAGCUUCUCCAGGGAAGAGUUUGAGUCCUUCAAGAAAAUGGAGCUGCUGGAUGCCAGCGACAACAACUUCAUCUGCUCCUGCGAAUUCCUCUCCUUCAUCCAGCACCAGGCCGGGAUAGCCCAGGUGCUGGUGGGGUGGCCGCACCAAUACAUCUGUGACUCUCCCCUGGCAGUGAGAGGGGCGCAGGUUGGAGGCGUGCACCUCUCCCUGAUGGAGUGCCACAGGUCCCUGGUGGUGUCGAUGAUCUGCGUCCUGGUGUUCCUGGUCAUCCUUGUCCUCGUGGCCGUUGGCUACAAGUACCACGCGGUCUGGUACCUGCGAAUGACCUGGGCAUGGCUCCAGGCCAAGCGGAAGCCCAAGCGAGCCCCUCCAAAGGACAUCUGCUACGACGCUUUUGUCUCCUACAGCGAGAACGACUCCGAGUGGGUGGAAAACAUCAUGGUGCGGGAGCUGGAGCAGGCCUGCCCCCCCUUUCGGCUCUGCCUCCACAAGCGGGACUUUGUGCCGGGGAAGUGGAUCGUGGACAACAUCAUUGACUCCAUCGAGAAGAGCCACAAGACGCUCUUUGUGCUGUCUGAGCACUUUGUGCAGAGCGAGUGGUGCAAGUACGAGCUGGACUUCUCGCACUUCCGCCUCUUUGACGAGAACAACGAUGCGGCCAUUCUGGUCCUCCUGGAGCCCAUCCAGAGCCAAGACAUUCCCAAGAGGUUCUGCAAGCUGCGGAAGAUCAUGAACACAAAGACCUACCUGGAGUGGCCUCCUGAAGAAGAGCAGCAGGAGAGGUUUUGGUUUAAUUUGAAAGUAGCUCUGAAAUCCUAGACAGAGACAUUAAAGACUAAAUAUGUAAGAAAUGUACUCGGGAUUGUUUCCCUUGCGUGGUCAUCCCAUCCCCUAUCUGUGUCUCAGGAACAGAGAGCUCAGCUACUGUAAAUUCUAUUACUCGCUGUGAGAUUAUUUUCUUUUUGUAGCUGUGGUCGUUAGUUUUUGUACUGCUUUGGGCUGGAAUAGAGUUGAUUUUCUUCAUA